GCGGCAUGGAGAGCCUGCUGGAGAACCCGGUGCGUGCCGUGCUCUACCUCAAGGAGCUCACGGCCAUCGUGCAGAACCAGCAGAGCCUCAUCCACACCCAGCGCCAGCGGAUAGACGAGUUGGAGCGGCGACUGGACGAGCUCAGCGCCGAGAACCGCAGCCUGUGGGAGCAUCAGCAGCUGCUGCAAGCCCAGCCUCCGCCCGGGCUCGUCCCCCCGCUGCCGGCUCCCCCGGCCGCCGCCGCCGGGGCCCAGGAGCCGCUCCAGAACCACGGACAGCUCUCGCCCGCCGCGCCGCCGCCCGCGCCGGAGCAGCUGCCUCUUCAGCACCACGGACAGCUCCUGGUGCAGCCGCAGCCGGGCCCCAGCAGCAGGGCACACGCGCCCCAGUCGCCCCACCAGCACCCGGUGGCACCCGGGGCUGUCGCCGACAAGGAAAAGGAGCGCCCCCCGAGUUGCUGCGCCGCCGCUGGGACCCUCCUUCAACACAAAUCCCCCGCCGCCCUCGGCAAGGGCGUCCUGACCAGGAGACCUGAGAAUGAGACUGUGCUGCACCAGUUCUGCUGCCCCGCUGCUGACGCCGAGCAGAAGCCCACCUGCUCCGACCUGGCCUCCCACAGUGACGGCUCCUGCGCCCAGGCCGGUGGGGGCAUGGAGGCCUCCGUGGUGGCAGCGGCGGCGGUGGCAGCCGGCAGACCCAGUGCCCAUGCCCCGAAGGCUCAAGCCCAGGAGCUGCAGGAGGAGGAGGAGCGGCCUGGGGCGGGGGGUGCCUCCCCUCAGGCUGGCCCCCAGCGCGCGGCCUCCCCCCGCCAGCAGCAGCCUGCCCUGGCGACGGCGCUCUGCUCCCACACCCCUGGCGCCUCCGAUUACGAACUCUCCCUUGACCUAAAGAAUAAACAGAUUGAAAUGCUAGAACACAAGUACGGGGGCCACCUGGUGUCCCGGCGCGCCGCCUGCACCAUCCAAACUGCCUUCCGCCAGUAUCAGCUCAGCAAGAACUUCGAGAAGAUCCGCAACUCGCUCCUGGAGAGCCGCCUGCCUCGGCGGAUCUCCCUGCGCAAGAUGCGGGCGCCCACCGCCGAGAGCCUGGCGGCGGAGAAGGCGCUCAUGGAGGGCUACGGCCUCAUGGGGCUGCCGCUGGUGCGCUCGCCCUCCCUGCCGCCCGCCUUGGCGGGCACGCUCACCGAGCUGGAGGACUCCUUCACGGAGCAGGUGCAGUCCCUGGCCAAGUCCAUCGACGACGCGCUCAGCACCUGGAGCCUCAAGACCAUGUGCUCCCUGCAGGAGAGCGGCGCCUACCAGCUCCACCAGGCGCUGCACGCGGGCGCGGGGCCGCCCGGCCUGGAGGCCGAGCUCCUCCGGGAGGCCGAGGGCGCCGGCCCGGGGCUGGCCGAGGGGGCCGCUGAGGCCGCCGGCCUGCCCCCGGGCCACAGCGGGACGCUCAUGAUGGCUUUCCGGGACGUCACCGUGCAGUUCGCCAACCAGAACAUCUCCGUCUCCUCCUCCACCGCGCUGUCGGUGGCCAACUGCCUGGGCGCGCAGACCGCGCCGGCGGCCAGCUCGGAGCCCGCGGCCGGCAGCGGUGAGCCGGGUCAGGCCGGCGAGCAGGGGGCCUCUGCGGUCCCAGCCGAACACCCGUGUGCCGAGGCAGAGGCGGGGCCAGCCGGGGGCCUGCUCGCCGCCGACCGCUCGGAGACAACCGAGGCCGGGCUGGAGGAGGCAGAGGAGGGCGAAGUGGGGAAAGGGACGGAGGUCGAGGCCGAGGCUGGCGACAACUCCGAGCAGCUAAGCAGCAGCAGCACGUCCACUAAGUCAGCCAAGUCCGGCUCGGAGGUGUCGGCCAUGGCCUCCAAGGAGGCCCUGCAGGCCAUGAUCCUGAGCCUGCCGCGCUACCACUGCGAGAACCCUGCCAGUUGCCAGUCGCCCACGCUCUCCACCGACACCCUGCGCAAGCGGCUCUACCGCAUCGGCCUCAACCUCUUCAACAUAAACCCGGACAAGGGCAUCCAGUUCCUGAUCUCGCGCGGCUUCAUCCCGGACACCCCGAUCGGGGUGGCCCACUUCCUUCUCCAGCGGAAGGGCCUCAGCCGCCAGAUGAUCGGAGAGUUUCUGGGCAACAGCAAGAAGCAGUUCAACCGUGACGUGCUGGACUGCGUGGUGGACGAGAUGGACUUCUCCGGCAUGGAGCUCGACCAGGCCCUGCGGAAGUUCCAGGCGCACAUCCGAGUGCAGGGCGAGGCCCAGAAGGUGGAGCGGCUCAUUGAGGCCUUCAGCCAGCGCUACUGCAUGUGCAACCCUGAGGUGGUGCAGCAGUUCCACAACCCGGACACCAUCUUCAUCCUCGCCUUUGCCAUCAUCCUCCUCAACACUGACAUGUACAGCCCCAACAUUAAGCCUGACCGGAAGAUGAUGCUGGAGGACUUUAUCCGAAACCUGCGCGGUGUGGAUGAUGGCGUUGACAUCCCCAGGGAGCUGGUGGUGGGCAUCUAUGAAAGGAUCCAACAGAAGGAGCUCAAGUCCAAUGAGGACCAUGUCACGUAUGUCACCAAGGUGGAGAAGUCCAUCGUGGGCAUGAAGACAGUGCUGUCGGUGCCCCACCGACGCCUGGUCUGCUGCAGCCGGCUCUUUGAGAUUCUCAAACUCUGUCCAAAGAAGAAGAGCUCGUCCACCUACACCUUCUGCAAGUCGGUCGGCCUGCUGGGCAUGCAGUUCCACCUCUUUGAGAACGAAUAUUACUCUCACGGCAUCACGCUGGUGACCCCGUUCUCGGGCUCGGAGAAGAAGCAGGUGCUGCACUUCUGUGCCCUGGGCUCGGACGAGAUGCAGAAGUUCGUGGAGGACCUGAAGGAGUCCGUCGCCGAGGUGACGGAGCUGGAGCAGAUCCGGAUAGAGUGGGAGCUGGAGAAGCAGCAAGGAGCGAAGUCCCUUUCCUUCAAGUCCGGGGGAGCCCAGGUGGACCCACAGUCCAAGCAAGGCUCGCCCACAGCCAAGAGGGAUGCUGCGGGGGCGGCAGCGGCGACAGCGGUGCUGGGGGAGAAGCCUGCGGAGAGCACGGUGGAGGUAUUAAUCAAUGCCUCCCCAGCCCGACUCACCAUUUUACCAAUUUCAAGAGAUACAAUUAAAAGUUACUGCUAGCAUGGGUAAUGCCACUGUUCCCACGCCUAAUUAAGCUGCCAGCACUAUCUACCCCUCUCCUCCCUGCCCUGCCCCAGCCAGUUGCCCUCCAAGGCUACCCUCCCAGACUAAGGCCGAGGACUGGCCCACACCUCCCUCCACGAAAGCGUGCGCAGGCUCCCCUAAGGCCACGUUCCCCAGCAAACUGCUUGUUGCCCGUGAUUUCCCACCCACCCACCUACUCCAACACUCAUUAUUAUCGGAGAGCCUCAGAGACUUCUCUGGAUCCCCCAAAAGGAGAGGCCUGGGAUCCUUCUAGAGAAUCCCUCAGUCAGGCCCCCAAGUGGGCACUCAUUGGCUAGCUCCUGGGGGAAAUUGGAGAGUUAAGAAUAGGGCA